AUGCCGAAUGGAGGACCAGGAUCAAGUCCUUCAAGCCGCCGACCAUCGCUUAGGCCUCCAAGUCCAGGGACGGACUCAGCAGUGGCUCAGAUCCAACCACGACGAGGCUCCAGAGUACUCUUUGAUACCAAAACUCCGCCAUCGAUUCUUAGAUGGGAACUCUUAAACCGCGUUUUGGCGCUUUCUCUAAAGGGAGAUUGGCCGGCUGUGGAUCAACACCUCAACAGCCUGGAACGAAACAACAUGGAAGUAUCGUCGACGGAGGUCGAAGUAAUGAAUGAUCCUCCCACAAUAUUCAGAAUUUAUUUGAUACAUUGUUGCGCACAAAAAUGCGGCCUUCGAAAUACAAAAACCCCGCGGUAGAUAAAGCACUUUUGAUAUCGAGAUUUUUUUUUCACGCUCAUCGGGCAUCAUCCUCAUUGGUUUGUGGUUCGAAAUUGCAAAUUUUAGUGUUACAAUUUUUACCGGCUGUUUUACGAUCGAAGAUGGGCGGAUGAGAAGUCCCAAGAAACUUAACAAUACCAAUUAUAGAAUAGAAAUGAUCUUUAGUUAGUUAUUAAGGCUUAGGCGGUCUUAAUUUUUAAGCACCUGGACACAGAUUCAUUAUUGAACCAAGAUAUUAUUGCUAGUUCUAUUUCUCGUUACACUGUCCUUCUCUCGCUCGCUAGACUACCUCAGCCUACCCCUUAACGCUUUUUUUGGUUGAGGCUUGUUAUUAUUUCGUUAUUGCCAUACGCGACGUACAGCAGUAAUUUAUCUGAACGCUUAUCACGUUUUGCGCUGCUCCUUGAACUCGUCCUAUUGUGAAGUUUUGUUCCGUAACUUAACGCCGCAAAACCGUCGUAGAAUUUAAUGGCUUUUUAAUUUCGUUAACUCGUCCUCUGCAAAAGGACCAAAAUCCACUGAAUACACAGUGGUCGUAAUAAUGAAUAUUGAAUUCGCCAGGCAAGCUGCUCGCUCCCAUUCAGUUUUGUGCUGAUUGCGCACGGCGUAAAUCUCAUUACUGCGUGCCGCGCGACUGGUUUGGUUGCGCCUCUAACAAAUCAUGGCUUCCAAAGCAGAGGUUUGUUUCUUCAAACCCCCUUUCCCGCCGUUUAAAAUGAGCAUUUGUAAUUUUUUUCACUAAAGGUUCAUCUCUCUUCUUUUUUUCCUAUUAUUUUUUAACAGGACAACGGCUUAACGCCGUUAAUGUUGGCUGCCCGUGACAACAAGCACAACAUUGUGGAAAAGUUACUUGAACUGGGCGCCGUGGUCACAGACAAGGACAAGGUAGGCGGCGAAAUCCGGUCCACUUGCACUUCACUUGUUAAUACGACAAGGUUUUUCCGAGCCAUUUUCUUUAAUUACACAAGAAGGUAAUCAAAAGAUUGAUUUGCCAUUUUGUCAGCUUUACCGCAUCAAAUAAGGUGACUCUUCUGGGCCAUAGUCUAAUUAGUGGAGAUUUCACAGAAAAUAUUUUGGAAACACUUAAGGAUGUGGAGUUAGUUAUUUUUCCUCUGUGAAUUUCCGGAUUGUUAUUGAUCGCACAUCUCGAACCGAUGAGGACUGUUCUUGGCCUCUUGUUCUUACAAUGCGUGGUGCAGCGGCCAAUUUUAUUUGAUAUUCCCGCAAAUUGCUAACUAAACGAAAACGUGAAAUAAAGUAGUUUAUGUGCGUUUCAAAUUUUGCUUAUCGUAAGGUAAACUGAAGACUCGAUAAAACGUUUUAGAAUCUUAACGGAGGUAUGUUUGCAGUGUUUUAAACGAAACAUGUUUUCUUUCUGAAUUUUUGUGUGCUGAAAUAAGAAAAUUAUAAUGGAAGCUCUCGAUAUUUGUCUGCUACCUUUUGUUUCGUUGUGUUUUUGUAGAAAAGAAUCUUAAAAUUGGAUUUCCUGCAUCAACACAGCUGAAGUAAAGAAAAAAAGGUAAAAUGCAUAUCAGCUGGGUAAAAAACUUGGCGAGUUCCUUGAAAGCCCUCGUCUUUUAUUCGGACCAAACACAAGCGUACCUUGAAAAUUACACACUCCUUGGAUGGAUAAACAUUACACUUGCAAAAUAGCGGUAAACCGCAGUUUCAACCUGGUCCUUGAUUUCAAUUUUCAGGAUCAAAUAUUGAUGCCUUAUUAAAUUUUUAUAUCCAGCUUCUAAUUGUGCUCACUAUGCGAUCUUUCUCCUGGUUAAAAAAAAAUUUGCACGACAAAGUGUGUUUGUGAAGAGAAAAAUUUCACUGCCUUUGAUCCCUUUGUGCGAGCAAUUCUUAGAGACGUAUCGUUUGUUGAUUUUAACACCAACAAAAAUGGCCUACGGUGAUGACAAAUUGGAGAGAGAGGCAGCUGAUUUUAAAGACGAUUGUUCAUAUCUUAGUAACUACAACUGAAGUCUUCGCGCAACUCCGUCACGUGACUUCGCCUUAUCUCUUCGAGCAAUUAUAACUUUGUUGAGGUUUAUAAAAUUUGUUCGUAACAAAUUAAAUUUUACCUAUAGUUGAUCUAUAUGCGGUUUGGUUUUGCGGAAAAAUCUUUUAGCCCUUCGUAAACAUUCACAUUUAUCUUUUUGCACAAUAUUCAGUCGAGGCUUUCUUUAUCUUGAGCGGAAGGUAUAUUUCCCUUCGUUUCUAAAGAAAUAUUGUUUUCAAAACGUAUUCAGCUAACUACACGCAGAGUUACUUUGUUCUUACCUUCCUCUCGUUAUGAAAUACGUGAAUCGGUGAUUAUGUAAAUUUGUUUCUUACAAAAUUAUUUGGGAGACAGAUAUUUUCUGAUCGAGAUCGUCAAUACACGGAGCAGCUAAGCCUGCUUAGAAAUAGCCGCGUCUUUUACAUAUAGUUUCCAUUGUUCAAAAGUAUCGCCGCAUAUGUUUGAUUUUCAAUAUUUUUUUUAAAAUCUAUUGAAACGGUUACCACUUUUUCAAGUCGCGUGAGUUUUCCUUAAGCGUAUGAAAGGACUUUAUGAUUUCUCUUAUCUUUCUGUGAUUUGUUUCAAAUUUCCAUGUUUAUUGUGCAUGUGUUUAUCGUUUUCUAGGCGUUUUUAAGUGAUUUUUUUUACCGAGAAAAAAAUAAAUCCCCGCCUUUCGAAACAUGAACUGUCGACAAGAAGUCAUUUUAAAAUUUACCAUACAUUAUCGCUACAAAUGAUUCCGCCAUAACUGUCAUUUGAAAAUGAAAUCACAACUUCGACCAAUGCGAGGUUGAGUUCUAAUCAUCUGUUGACCAAAAAUAUACACUUUAUGUUUAUAAACUGAAACUAGGACGAGAUGAAAUUUUUCCAAAGUAAAUACAAAAAGUUAUUUCUCUUAAGUCAACCUUUACUCGAGAGAUUUUCUUUUUGAUAUCAAAACGACUGCAAAGAAUGGCUAAAGUUAAAUGAGGCUGUACACGGCCUUUUCGUGUUUACAGUUACAAUUUACGCGACAAGAUUUGCCAGCUUGUGGUGAUAUCAAACUUUCGCUCAUUAUUUUUCCAACCAUUUUCCCUAGUUAUUUCAUAUCUUAUUCGCCAUCUCUCGCCCAUUUUAAGACAAGUGUUUCCUUCAUACAUAUCUUUGGAUAAAAAGAAUUAUCUUUACAAUUACUUCUAAGUGGAAUCGAGCUGAAUAAGCAAAUUUCAUUAAGCAUGUUAUACCAUUUUUUUAACCAACUUCAUUAAAUUUUUGAAGUAAGUUUUCGCUGAUACGAUUUCGGUCAAAAGAAAAAAAGAGAAAAUCAAAAGUAUAUUUUAUUAUUUUCUAUAUACUUGACGCUUAAGUCUUUGUCUUGUGUCUUUGAUGUCAAACAAACUGAUCGCUCACAAUGAGAUAAAAUCAAAGACGGAAGCGCUUGUGUUUCGACAAAGGCGUUUGUAUUCACAGCUAAAAGAACCUAUUUUUUAUUUGGAGAUUGCUUCCGACAUUUGCGUUUUCGAACUGCACACACAAAAUGACAGGAUCUUGAGAAAGAAUCACUUUUGAAGACAACUUGCUCGAGUUUUCAGUUCAUUAGUUGAAGUAAUAACCUCGUGCCUUCAUUGCCACCUUUAACUCUUCACGGGAAGCGACUCGCAAUAUUCAUUACAGUUUAUUUCUUGCACUAAUUUUUUCAACCAAUUUGAAGCAUGAAAGAAAAUUACGUUUUGAUUGCAUCUUAAAAGUUGUUUUACUUUAGAGUCUUGCUCCAAAUUUUUUCGUGUUAUGAAAUUUUAAAAAGGUUUUGCAUCAAACUCCUUAUGUGACUUUCUAAAUUCAGCGUUAGUCCUGCAAAAAUUGAACCGAGUUGAAAAUGUUGCAAGUCUCUUUCAGAAUACAGUGAAUAGAAUGAAAAAGUAUAAACUAAUCUUUGUAUUUACUUAAGCGAUCUUUUUGUCCGACGGUUUUUCAUCUUUCAUAACAAAUUUAUCAGCGACACACGACGUGCAAAGUAAGGAUUUAUGUAACAAAAACUAACAUUUCUCAUUAAAGCUUGUGGAGGGUAAUUCAAUAACUCAUCACUUGCAAAAUGCUCAAAGUAAAUUUUGAUUAGACUAUGAUCCUCUAUUGCAUGGUGACUGCAUAACGCCUUUCUACGGUCAGUAAAUUCCCAGCGCAGCACACCCCUCGGCGAUAUUGACCCUCAUGUAGCUUAAGGCUCGCUUCAAACGCCAAACCUUUCAAGUAUCAAUCAUAAAUAUUUAUUUUGGUAGACUCAAGCGAUAAAGAUCGACUGUUGAUCCAGACGUUGACCUUAAUCAGCCUCGUAAUCAGUCACCUCAGUGAAAGAGGGGAAUUGCGGGAUGCAAACAUGGAUUAUGCUGAUCCAUUCAUACAUUCGACACAUGAAAAGUUAGCAGUUGAAAUCGGGGCAUAAGCUGCUUGCAUUUGAAGGAAAGUUUUAUGGAAUGCCAACAUUCGACAGAUUUAUUCUUGUUUGACCGCGGUAACCUGUGUGUUCAUGAAGAAAACCAGUCGCACGCACAAAUCACGACUUACCAGUGCAAUAUGAACGUAUUAUCCGAAAACUAUAAUUAAAGGACAAAUAUCAUUUCACAGACCAAAAAUUUUCAUGAUUAUGCGAUUUGACGGCGUGCAUCACGUGAUCACGACUUGGAACGGUGAAAGUGUUGGCAAAAUGACAAAGCUCAAUGCCAAACUAAAAAUAGUCACUAUUGGUAAUACGCAAACUUAGUACAGCAUUUUUGGAAGGAUAUUGUUGAUUAAUAACGAAAGUAUAUACCAGAGCAUCAGCUGAUCACUAAAAGAAUCAAUACUAACAUCCGAGAAAGGCCAAGUCAAUCUUUCCUUUCAACCAUCAAGAAAUCGUUAUCUUUCACAUCUGAAGCUCAAACACUGGUAAGAAUAAAGACUGAUGUUAUCAACUAUAUUUCUGCCCUAUAUUUAGCUUUCAGAGGAGGCUUACAAACCGAAAAGCAGUCUGAUUCGAAGAUUAUAGUCUUAUGAAUUGUAUGCAUAGAAAACGGAGAUUCGCCACUGACUCUGAAUCCUGAAAAAUUUAACCCUUUACACCCUGUUAUCAGUAUGCAAGUUAUCCAUACUGUUCUCUAUGCAUUUCCUAUGGUUCUUAUCAAGGAGAAUCUUUGUUCUAACAAUCAAGAGCUUCUUGAAUUCGAGAUCGUUUCCUUUAUUCUCAUGACCUUAAUGUGUGAUUCAGGAGUAAUACUGUUGAGAGAAAUUAGAUGCUGGUCAUAUGUAGGGGUUAAGGAGUAACUUGAAGUUUCGAAGUCACUUAUUUGUAGUUCACCUAAAUCUUCACUAUACGCAACCAUCCUUUCCCUCUUGCACUAGAUAUUUACAAUUUCACGCUUUACAGCCUUGCAACAGUUUGUAUAUUCUCCAUACUGUUCUCAAUACAUAUCUGAAGGUGCCGACAAGGAGAAUUUAUUUAAGAAUCAAAAGCUUCGUGGUUGGUGAUCAUUUCUUUACUUCUCGUUACUGUCACGUUUUGUUUUUGAAUGGGGAAUCAUGGUCCACCAACUAUUUCGCUUGCGAGUUCGUUCGCCCACCUGCGCAAAGUUUUCGUUACAACCGUGUGUGAUGAAUCGAUUGGAAACAACCAUUUAUACCAAAGACCAGAACCCCCCCUUAAAGUAUUCUCUUCCUUGAUCUUUGCAGGGGGGCCGCUCAGCUCUUCAUUAUGCAGCAUGUUCUGGCUCUGACGGUAUUGUGAAACUUCUUCUCUCCAAGAAGUCGGAUCCGACACUUCCAGCCGGGGUAAGUAGAGGAAAAUUAAAACUGAAAUAACUUGCACACUUCGUUUCACUUUGAUUAGCCAAAUGAAAGAAAUCAUACAACUUCUGCACUGUAUCAGACGAAAUCAUUUGUGGGGGAUGUUACUUUACAAAAAGUGUGAGUUCAGAAACUUAGUUGAUCGGUCUCAAUCUCUUCAGUAAUUGUGACAUUUUCUCCAAUUUUCACAUUGCCUCUCUGAUUUAUUGCUCCUUCAUCAGUUUUUGCGCACCAACUGAUUGUAAAGCUACGCGAGGAUCCCUGUUUACCCGUGUAACAAGGAUAAACAUUCAUAUUUUGCGCGCUAGCUAAAGGUACGCGAGGACCCCUGUUUAUCCGUGUGGCUAGGAUAAACAUUCCACUUUGCGCGCCAGCUAAAGCUAUGUGAGGAUCCCUGUUGUCCCAUGUGACUAGGAUAAACAUUCAAUUUUUGCGCGCAACCUAACUAUAAAGCUGCAUGAGGAUUCCUGUUUUCCCGUGUGUCCAGGAUAAACCUCAAUUCAUCUUUUAACUUAAACUGAUUUGCUGAUCUUCUUUUCAGCCUGAGGAGCAACUUCCACUGCACAUCGCAUGCAGCCGACCAUCUGGAGCUUUGGAGAUUGUUAAAACUCUACUAAAGGCCACUGGAAAGGAUGCCAAACUCCUCACUGACAAAGUGAGUCAACUGAGUUUCUUUGGAUGCUGUGUCGAAAAACCAAAACAAAAGGAAUCACAACUGUAGAAUAUUCCAUGUUUUAAUUUUUCUUCUAGAGCGGGUCGAUCCCACUGUACCUUGCGAUCAUGGCAGGAAAUCAACAAGUAGUGAAAGAGCUACUCAGUUCCCAAACUGAACAGCAAGUGAAGAUCACCAGAGGGGUAAGAAGUUACAGAAAAUAUGGAGAAACAAAAGAAGACAGAGUAUCUAAUAAAAAAAAUUGAAAUACUAUUGUAUGGGCGCAGUGCGGUUAUUUUUAUGAAUCAUCAGACGUUACUUCGAUAUCAGAAAUAACUUUGACGGCAUUGUAUGAUGUCCAUACCGGAACAAUCAUUGAACGUCAUCGUCUUUCUAGAAAGGAUUGUCAGAUUUUAGAUCCCAAAAAAUUGUGUUGUUUUCCAUAUUCCUCUUGAUUGGAAAAGACGAAAGAACAAGUAUGAAUAAAACCCUAUUCCAGUGCCUCAUACUUUGUUAAUUGUUGAAAGGGCUAGGGCCGAGUGAGGCUCAAAGUGUUACUACAAAGUUCACUUUAUUAUAAUUUUUUUGCUGCGAACUGAAUUCAUUUUCAGAUUAACGGAGACACCGUGUUGCAUGCUGCUGUACGUAAAAGGGAGAUUGAUAUCGCAAAGAUUCUUGUCGAAUGUGGUUGUCCUGUGGACGUCCAAAACGUAAGUGAAAAAAGUCCUCGUUCCGUUUUCUUUUCUGGCUGAUGAAAUUCCUGACUGAUCUUUCCUUCCUUUGUUGUUUUCCUUCUCUUUUUUUUUUCUUUCUUUCUUAACAGUCCGAAGGCCAGACAGCUCUUCACAUCGCUGCUUACGAAGGAGAUGAAACAAUGAUCAAGUUUCUCCAAGCAGCUCGAGCUGAUGCGAAUAUCGCGGAUUCAGUGAGUUCAUGUUAUGUAAACGUUUCGAUAGAUAACUGGGUUACAACACAUCAAUUGUCGCACAAAAGGAAGGGGUUUUCAAAUUUAGUGACUCUUGCCAAGCUACAACUCAACACUGGUUCUGUAACGAAAACCGAAAAAAAGGGAAGACAAAUAACUAAUUUAAUGUCAGUGCGGAAACUCACUGCUUAUGCGCAGCUCGGAAAACAUAUCAAAGACACUAAUUCGUCGGCAGAAUGAUGAAAGCGCCCUUUUUUUCCAAGCAUUUGAUUGGCUGAUAAGAGGUGAUCGUUAAUGGAUAUUUGUACAAGAUCUUCUUGGGAAAAUACGUUGCUUGUUAGCUUGCACGUGACCGUUGGUGCAUCACAGGACAUUUAUUGACAACUUUUCCCUUUUUCCUGAUCUGUUAGCACGACCGCACACCACUUCACCUGGCGGCUCAACGAGGUCACUCAGUGGUCGCCGAGUUCUUAGUGGAUAAACUGAAAGCCAACGUGAAUUUGAGAACUAAGGUAUGGCUGAUUAGAAGAAAUGAGAAGUUGAAAGUUUUCCUUUGGUGUUGUUUUGUUUGCAGCAGAAUCUCAGAAACUAGACGAAGCAAACUUUUUAUGAAUUUUCACGAUGCUUGUUUCUAGGAUGGCAGUACACUGAUGCACAUAGCAGCUCAAGCAGGACAUCCUGACACUGCGUUGGUGUUUCUCAAAAAGGGCGUGCCCCUCCACAUGCCCAACAAGGUGAACAAAAUGUGUUCCUUUGGAGAAUUUUGACAUGAAAAUGAUGGCACGUUUAACAUUAUGGUUGUCAUUUGACAGGUCACAGAGCAAGGUUUCGUCAAAAUAGCUGUAUGAAAAACUACGAGUUUGUACUGAAUAUAACACCCAAUGAAAACGAUCACACACUUUCUUUUUGAAAUUUUAAAUUAUCCAAUAUGGGGAUAAUGAUACCAACUUACUAAUGGUUCUAAAUGUAAAUCUACUGAGCUGUCACAUUCUAAUCACUACAGCUUAACAAAGACAAAGCGUAAUUUGAUAAACAUAGGGUAAUUUCGUAUUAUCUACUGAGUUAAUAACGUAAAUUGACCACUGUAAAGAGCGAAAGACGAAGGGCUAACGCUCGAAACGUAGGCUUUGAAACUCUUUACGGUGACCAAUUUACGUUAUCAACUCAGUCGAUAAUACAAAUUACCCUUUUAUACUCUCCUACCGACGCAGCACCACAGUUUCUUUAGAAACUUUCCUCCUCUAUUUAUUUAAUGAAAAUACUCUACGAUAGCUUUCAAUGUUGAGCUUUCAUAUGAAAGGUCUCAUUAUUCAUUGAUCUGCUUGGUAGUUAACUCAGGUAAUGUGCAUUCAUUUAUUUUCUUUUGUUAUUCAUGGUGUAGGACGGUGCUGUUUGCCUUCACGCGGCAGCGAGGAGAGGUCAUGUGGCAGUCGUCAGGGCUUUGUUGUCUAAGGGCGCCUCAGUGGACACCAAAACCAAAGUAAGAAUCCAUUUCUCGCCCUCAGUUAGUUUUAUUUUCUCAACACCCUAGGGGCAGACCCAGGAAUUUUUUGUUGGGAGUGGGGAAGGGGAGGGGGGGGUGCAAGUUUUGACUCAGAAGACACAUCACUUUUUUUUCAUUUCUACACCACAGCCUAAAUAUGCUGAGAACAACUUUAGAACAAGUAAAUUGCCCAUACCUCAUUUUGAGUAAAAAUAAUACGAUGCUGUCGCUGCAAGAAUUUGGUGCCGGAAAAGACAGUCAUUGGAAAACCUUCAAUUGUGAUGGACGGAGAGGGAGCUCCCAGACCUUCUCCCUGAAUCCGCCACCGCCACCGCCACCGCCACCGCCACCGCCACCGCCACCGCCACCGCCACCGCCACCGCCACCGCCACCGCCACCGCCACCGCCACCGCCACCGCCACCGCCACCGCCACCGCCACCGCCACCGCCACCGCCACCGCCACCGCCACCGCCACCGCCACCGCCACCGCCACCGCCACAUGAUUAGUAGAAAUGAGAGUCAGGACCACAAUUUAACCAACACCAUUUGACGGAUCGUUUUAGGAAAAAAAAAACAGUAGCAGUGGGCUAAUGCUUUGCGCGUUUUGUUCCCCAGUCGAGUUUUACUGCAAAAAAACUGUUGGUGUCUUUGUAAUGUGAGGAAAACACAGGGAAGGGUUGAUGAGAGAAUCGAAGCUGGUUUGAUUUUUGCACUUUUUGUCAAUUAGGAUCAGUACACGGCUUUACACAUCGCGGUGAAGCAUUGCAAACCACAGGUUGUUCAAGUCUUACUGGGAUAUGGCGCCAAUGUCCAGCACAGAGGGGGCAAGGUGAGUUGGAACUGUUUCUACUAGUUUGAACAGAGCUGAUUUCAUUGAAUUAGCCGUGAGAACAAAUCACCUCGAUGAGCUUUGGGGUCCUCAUUUCAAGAUCAGAAUUGAUUUUCUCGGUUUUAAGCAGUGGUCAGCUUUUUCCCUUCAGACUGAACACAGUUCUCCUGUCUUGGUUUUUAUUUUAGGCCGAAGAGACACCGUUGCACAUUGCAGCACGGACCAAGGAUGGUGAAAAAGUAGCAGAGAUGCUGACCAAGAGUGGAGCAGAUGUCAAUGCACCGAGUGACGUAAGGAAUAGUUCUUACACUUGAAUACUUGUUGUAAUUCUAGGGCAUAAGAAGAAAAGGCGAUAUGAGGGGGUGAGUGGGAAGGAAAAGGGGUCUCACACCCCUGUUAAAGUCAUCUAAAAAAAAACUAGUACAUUUGUACAUGAAUCUCGUUCAUCUUGCCUUUCUCUCCCGAGGGCGUUGCAAACUUUAAUUUUCUCCCUCCAACCAUUGCCUUCUACUUGCAAUCGAACAUGAGAGGAUGUUGACGCACUAAGUAACAUAACAGGUAUGGUAGUAAUGCCAACAUGUCACUAUGACUCUUAGGUAUGGGGAGAAGCGUGACGGUGGGGGGAGCAAUGAGGUGCGGGGGAGGGGAGGGGGAAAGAAUCCCCUCCAACUCGGUUGUAUCCUAUUUUUCCCCAAAGAUCUUCUAUUCUCAUCCCCUCUCACAGCAAAUGAGAAAUUACUAUUCGUUUUUCCCCCUGGUUGUAUAAGUUCAAUCUGGUUCUUUUCAAUGAGCUCGUUACAGGUUGUUUAUCGUUAGUAAUAAGGGUCGUUUUUUUUGUAGAAUGGAGAGACAGCGGUGCAUGUGGCCGCAAGAUUUGGAAACUUGAAAAUAUUGAAGCUGCUCAUCAACGAAAAAGCUGAUGCUGCGAGGAGAGCGAAGGUAGACUGACGAAUUCUUUUAAGAUCACCGUCAAAAUCAUACAUCUUAUAGUAUCAGAUCGAGAAAUCAAGUAGGCCGGGUUGUUCGAGGAAAGAUUGACGGUAAUUUGAGAUAUGAGUCGAAUCGACAUUUAUUUGUGUGCUGCCUUAAGUUUCUCUCACAACCUGGUGAUCUUUUGUAGAGUUUGAAGAAAGAAAAACAUUUUAACAGGAAGAGCUUAGCUUGAAAGGUGGGAAAAAAGAUCGUACCUUAAAGAAAAAUAAAAACCUCGCUAUUUAUGAUCGAACACCAAAGGUAAACACUGAUUGUGAAAGUUCAAGAAAGUUUUUUUAACCAUCGCGAUCUCAUUCGUAAAUUCAUCGAGAAAAUCUGAUGUCUGAUCAAAUUUAUUAACUCUCAUCACCCCUUUGCUGGUUACUACUUUAACAUUUUAAGGGGAAUAUACAUUCUAAUCACAUCUGGACGAUAUUUGAAAAGGGUUAUUAUUAACAAAGCAUACAUGUUUGUUUCGGUGUCAGAAUGGCGAAUCUGCCCUCCAUCACGCCAUCCGGGCAGGACACUACUUAGUGCUAGAAGAACUGAUUCGAGUCUUAUUCCAAAUGAAGUCUAAAGCUGUAGCAAGACUUGUCAUCAAUAUGCCAACUGAUGUAAGUAACAGAAAAAGUCAAUCUUUUUAGCUUAAAAGGGGAGAGAGGCGCUUUUAGUCAAGUCGCCCCAUUGAAGGAGAUCCAGGUAGAUAUUAGUGGAGACGUAUAUAAAUUAUCUCUGUUCAGAAGCUCAAAUCAGUAUAGUUAACUGUCAGAAAUAUAGAAAAAAUGAAUGUUGUUUUGGUAUAUCACCGAUUACAUCUUAACACAACAACAAUUCGUCCCAAUUUUCUUCUGCGUAAGGACAUACACUUAGUCUUUAAGAAAAGACCUUGAAGAGUAAACAUUCUCAUGUUCGCGUUCUUUACAAUUUUAAAAUGGUUUAUCGUCCUCAAGUUAGAACAUUGCUAUAACUUGCAUGUUACAUCCCUAAUGUUUCCCACGUUUGUUUGACUGCUACCAUACACCUUUGAUGUUUUUUUUUUAUAGAAAGGUGAGACUCCUCUGCAUUACGCUGCCAAGUUAUCCAAACUGAAAGUCAAAGGGAACGCUGACAUAGAUAUCGUCAAAUUGCUUCUUGAACACGGUGCCGAUUGCACAGCAGUCACGCAUCAGGUGGGUUAAUUUUCACAUACUCGAUAACAAAGUGUCUGCUUUCUAUUGAUGACCGUUAAAUCUAGGGAAUGAUUAUUAUUUUUACGCAUAUGAUUCGUUUGAUACACUCACAUCACAAACGGCUACGUACAAAGUGCGCACGUACUAGUUCGGUUAGUCACGAGUAUGUGCAUUUUAACAAUUGCCCUCUAAAAAGCUCGUGUGUCACUUUCACAUGAGUCAAUUUCGAUAACACCCGUACCUCACCCCCGUAAUGCGAUUCUGAUUGCUAUGGUUUCUUCUCCAAUCUUUUUCAGUCCAUGGAGACUCCAAUCCACGAGUGUGCACGCUCAGGGAACAACGACAUCUUGAUAGCUCUAUUAAAGUCCAUUCCCCCUUCCAAGCUUCAAGUCACGGUCAACAAACGAUCGUCAGUAAGUCAUUGUCAGAUCAUUUGGUCUUCGUGCUCCAAUUAAAAUACUAUAGCAUUUAAUUGCUUUUACAGAGGGGGAAAGGGGGGCCGCCCUAAACAGUGGCAACUAACUUAUCCCAGUGUAUUUAUUUAACGCAGUCUGUGGUAUUUUCCUGGAGAAUCAUUGAUCGCUAUUGAAGGUAAUCAGGUAUGUAACUUCUAGCUACUCAUACGGAUUGUUUUCCUGGUUUCAGAGCGGUUCUUCGCCUCUGCUUGUUGCUUCAUACAAAGGAAACGCGGAAAUUGUGCGUACGUUGCUGAAGUACCAUGCAAGAGUAGAUGUCUUUGAUGAGGUACUCUCUGGUUUAGUAACUAAAUAAAAUUAUCUUUCAGUUUCGGAUUUGAGCGUGUGAGCGUUGUGGCGGGAUAAUUGUCAUUACAUUUUGAUUGAUUGACUCUCAAUUUGAAAUUUCCCCAACUAAGUAUUUUUUUGCGUUCUUUUCUUUUACCAGUCUGGGCGAGCUGCUUUACACAUCUGCGCAGAACGCGGUCAUCUUGAGGUGGCGAAAGAAUUGCUGGAGCACAAAGCUUAUGUGAAUGCGAAAAGCAAGGUGAGGCUAUACAUAAAAGAUGUACAUGAUCUUGUUCAUACCAAAAAUUUAAUCUGUAGCACUGAUGAGGAGGAACCGUUGUGAUAUGCCUUUCCUGUGACCCAUCCAUUCGUAGACGACGUUACUCAGUGCCAAUCCGAUGUAAUGCUGAAUUAUCUGUGGGUCUGCACUCACUCAAAGUAUGGUAGACGGAAAGACGUUCGCUUAAGUUUAUUAGCCUCAAAAAACCUCCGGGCAUAAAUGCCUGGCGCGCUUUUCACCUAAGUACACCCUUACACCUGGGUGGAGCACCUCCCCGGGCACCUCGAUCUCCACAGAGGCCUAAAUACUGUAAGAAUACCCAUCACACUUGACACUGAAAAUUAUUUCCAGGUACAAAUUUCCCAACCCUUCUCUCUCCUUUACUGAAGAAGACUACAUAGAGGGAGAGAUGGAAGGAAGAUUACCUGAAGUAAUAAAAGUACAGAACACGUUUCACUCAGUGUUUUUGUUCAGACAUUGAGUCUUGUCUCUUUCAGGUGGGGCUUACUCCACUUCAUCUGGCGGCAGAGAGCGGCCACAAAGAGUUAGUCGGACUUCUGGUCGCUAGCCAUAAAGCUAGUGUGGAUGCUUUGACGCUGGUGAGAAUCUGUUCCUUAAUAACAGCGAUCUAAUUUUGCGCGGAAAUAUUUAAUUACGAAUCGCUAACGCAAAGCCCAUCCCUAUUAUGAUAGGAGAAGAAGACAGCUCUUCAUUUGGCUGCAGAGAAGGGCCGAUUACAAGUCUGUGAACACCUUUUGGAGUUAAGAGCCGACAUAAGCGCGCUGGACAACGUAAGUGCCGUCCAUCAUCAUAAAAUGACUACUCCUAUGUUCGAGACAUCACCUAAGCUAAGUGAUCGUUUAUUUCAAAUUUAAGGUGAGUCUUGGACGUCGUCGACAAGUUACUAAUCAUGUCAAACAAGAGGAAUACAUUGACUCUAGAAAUAAUAAAAAAGAAACUGCUCCAAGCGUAAUCGCUUAACUCGUAUAAUGGGUGCUAAGCACGGGAAAGUCGUGCAAUACCAAACCUCCCCAAGCUGCUGGCGGUUUUUCCCUUUGCGUUUGAUUAAAUGAAAACACAGUCUUUUCUAAAUGGCUAAAGCACUUUAAUAGUCACAAGCGUGGCGUGCGUGGAAGAACAGGCCUGGCCUUAUAAGUACGCGCAACGCCAACUUCAUUUUUUUCGUUUAUUUCAUGUUCGUUUUACUUCGUUUACUGACGCAACGUACUAAGCUAACUAGAUAGCUAAUUUGGUUUUAUCGACUGAGUUGAUAAUGUUAGCCGCUGUAAAGAUUCGCUCUGACGAAGGGCUAACGCUCGAAACGCCAGCUGUAGAAAAUCUCUAUGGUGGCAGAUUCAAAAUAUCAACUCGGUUGAUGAAACAACUUAUCUAGUAAUAUGCCCCGCUGACGCAGCACCACAUGUUCUUUAGAGACGUACCCUUUUUUCGGCUGGAAAGCCGCUCGCAGCCUUCAAUAUGAACCUUUUUUUUUGCCUGUUAUCCACAGAAAGGUCAAACGCCUCUUCACUACGCCGCACAAAAUGAUCAUUCACAAGUGGUAACGCUGUUUCUAACUCACAAACCUGGAGUCAUGAUGCAACAGAACGCGGUAAGAAGACAGAAGAUCAUUACCAAAGGUUGCUCGCAUUCGCUCUGACGAAGAGCUAACGCUCAAAGCGUCUGCUCUGAAACUCUUUACGGUGGCCAAGUUACUCAGUUGAUAAAAAAAAAUUAUCUUGUUAUACUCCCCAACCGACGCAACACCACAGUUUCUUAAAAACCUUACUCCCUUUAUUUGAUACUCUCAACAUGGUUGAGUGAUCUGCUUUGACCGACAAUGGAAAAAGUAUUAGUGACUUUCUUUCGCUUUCUUAUCCCAUAGGAGGGCAGCACGUGUGUUCAUAUUGCAGCAAUGAAGGGCAGUGUGUCUGUGAUGAAGGAGCUAUUGAAAUUUAACCCUUCAGGAAUCACAACAGCCAGAAACAAGGUAAAACAACCAUUUAAGAAUUGCUAGUUAACCGUAGUAUAAUAUUGCUUACUCGAACUCGGCCUACUCGAGUCCUUCAUUAGCACCAACGUAGAAUUGUACCCAUGAAAAGCUUUUACAGUCAAACACUGUUUUACCCUCGAAUCCAAUUUCUGCAGUAUCUUGAACUCUUCGUUUCUCCUCUAAAAGCUAACGCCGUCAUACUCUGUCCCUUCACAGGGAAAGUUUUCUACGCCCUUGUUGCUUGCAGCCAGCGGUGGUCAUAAAGUUGUUGUGGAAGUGUUGAUAGCUCAUGGAGCUUCGGCAAGUGAUGAAGAUGCGGUAAGUACCAGGCCCUAUCUGGUCUUUCUUUAACACAAUGGACAAUACUCUUAAACUACCAGUAGUGGAGAUGUUUAGCCCUAAGGAACUUGCAAUGUGAAAUGUAGAGCUGAUUGGUGCAGUUUGAGGAAGGACCGUUUAAACAAGUAGCUUCAUGCAUCUACAAACCUAAUAGUAACAGCAAGGUAACCUCUUUAUGACCACCUUAGUUGAUUGACCGUUAAAAAAGGCCAUAGAAAAGAAUGCUUCCAUUAGCCAAAACGAAUACUUGACGUCUCAAAAUAGCAGGAGUGACUCUUACAACAACUUUAAGUAAAGUUCAGUUCUUCUCUUUCACUGACAGGAAGGGAUGACAGUUCUUCAUCUCGCAGCAAGGUUUGGACACGUGGACGUCUUAGAGGUUUUGCGCGGAAAGGUUCCUUGGAGCAUGGCAAGCGUUAAGGUAAAGAAAACAAAUAAACAGAUGCAGACAAACUUUUAUUGUAUCUGGUAUUACGACACGAUGAUUUUCUGGUUAAGAUGUAACUUUAAAGGACAUCCUGUCUUUCUGCGUUCUUCAGUCGAAGUGUGGAGAGCUUUUAGUCCUUUACACCCUAACAUCGGUAUGCGUGUUCUCCAUACUCUUGUAUCUACAUUUCCUGAGGUGUUGAUAAGGAGAAUUUGUUAAACAGUCAAGAGUUUCUUUAUUUAGUGAUCAUUUCCUAUAUUCUCGUGAACUUAAAGUGUGUUUUAGGUGUGAUAUUGCAAGGAGAAAUUAGAUGCUGGUCUCUCUUAGGGUUUAAAGGGUCAAGGUUCUGCUCAAUAGGAACCGUAGUUUUGAAAUCUUGUGCAACAUUAUGCGCGAGUUAUGAUUUGAAUUUUCAAAUUGAACCUUUUUAUUUGCACUACGCUGCAGACCGGCCUGUCCGCCCUUCACGUGGCUGCUCAGUAUGGUCAGAUUGAAGUAGUCAGAGAAAUGCUGCUGAAAGUUUCCGGAACCAUCAAAAGCGAGUCUCCUGCAAUGAUGAACAAUGGUGACAAAGGACCACGUUCAGAUGUAAGUCGUUUAAGAGUAAGAUUAAUUUAAGGUUUUUCUAAGCGAUUGAUGUAACGAGAAAUUUUAAAGAAAAGCAGUCAAAAGGAAAUAUUUUAGGUUUAAGUCAAAUUUUUCUUGCAAUGCGGGGAAACAAUUGGAGGGGGCUUCAAAACUUUGUUAAGCUUUGCCUUGUGAUCAAGUUUUUUUACACGUCGACGGGUCACGCAUUGUAUUGGAUGAAAUUGAUAGUUUAUUGGGGAACAAUUGUGUUUGGUCAUUUCUUUGAUAUACGAGAGUCAAGGAGAUUCGCCAUCGCCAUCGAUGAUUAUGAGAGUAUCAAUUUACGGAUUUAAUAUCGACGAAGUUAAGGAAGCAAUCUGAUGUGGUUGUGAAAUAUUUAAAAUUAUCAAGGCAAUCUGAUACAACAUUGCCAAAAACCAUAGAAAACGAAUCUCAUUCCAAACAGGCCCGUUAAGAUGAGUGUCAGGGCUCACCAAAGAUUCACCGCAAUGUGAUUUUAAACCGCAUUUGGUGCUAACAGCAUGCUUUUAUCGACUGCUUUUGAAACAGUUCCAUCUUGAUUGUUCUCUGUGAUCAAAGGCGUUUGUUUCAGUUUAAUCAUCGUCACGUAUAGGCUCGUGGUACUGUCUUUAUGAUCUCUGACUUUGACUAAAAGCGUUUACUUCAGCUUAUUGUGAUCGUUUUUUGUCUUCUAGUACUGUUUCACACCUCUUCAUUUGGCGGCACAAUCUGGUCACGUGGGUGUUGUGCGAAUUCUGCUGAACUCGCCUGGUGUGCGCGUGGAUUCGGCAACAGCUGUACAUGUGAGAUGAUUGCUCUUCAUGUUGUUUACAAUUCCUUCACUUUCAGGUCACCUUCAGCGCGCUGGAUUCUGGAGCGAACCCAGACCUUGGCGAGUAUCUUAGCGGGGAGUUGACUCGUGCAACGGGAUUACACUGGGGGGGGGGGCUUCAAAACUUGGUUGCUCUGGCUUGUGAUCAAGUUUUUUACAUAACGACAAGUCACGCAUGUUAUUGAAUAAGAUCGAGAGUUUAUUUGGAGCGUUAUUUGGUUCCAGGUGGAACUGUAAUUUUAUGCAAACUCUCAUCGGUGUAUCGGAUUAAGCGAGAUUAGACCAUUUUCCUAAGACACUCUUCGAUUUUUUUCUUGUGAAAUCUUGAAUCCUUCUUUGAACUAGGUAGAAUAGUUUCGUGACACUAAAAUUCUUUCUCUCUAUUUUGUUUAUCAAGGGCUCCAUUCCUCUUCACUUGGCUGCCGAGAAUGGCCACUCUGAGGUUGUCAGUAUUCUCCUAAGUAAGUCAACACUACAGCUUCACGUUAAGGAUAAACUUGGCCGAACAGCCAUGCAUCUGGCUGCCGCCAAUGGACAUCGGGAACUGAUCUCUCAGCUUAUUGGACAAGGAGCCGAUAUCAACGCGCCGGAUGAGGUAUACCUUAAAAAACAGACUUUCUACUCUUGAAAUUACAAUAUCGAGUGAAGACGAUGUGGUAACUUUCAUAUGAAUGGUGAUGUAUUACGAAUUCAUCCCUAGCUGAUUAUAAACGUUAUCUAGAAAAAUACGCGAUGCGUUCAAGAAAAGACAAACUCGUCAACUGGAAUGCGUCUAAAUUAAUAUAACUCUGUCGAGACUGUCGAGCCCAAUAAACAAAAAUAUUUUCAUAAGCCUGGAGGGAGAAUUACAAAUUAGAUUUUUUAGAUGUUUUUCUCGAAAAUAUCGCUUCCCAACGUUUUUGUCCAAUCUACACCUUAAAUCAACUGAAAUGCUAUCUAAAAGUAGGCUGACCUGUUCACUUAAGAGAUAAUGAUGUGGGAGACUCGAAUCCUGUCCAUUAAAAGCUCUGUAUUGUUGCAUAUCAGAGGCCUUCCCAUAUAAGCUCCUUUGUGAGCAAUCUUUGAAGUCAUCAUCCCUUUCGCCAUAUAUUAGUAAUGGCACUAUUGCUGAGAAUUUGCACCGCAACUUAGUAAAUUUUUUCUCUUUCUUUUAGAAUGGUUACGCGCCAAUGCAUAUGGCAGCCGAGGCUGGCCACGUUGAAGUUGUCAAACUUCUGGUGGAGUCUGGGGCGUCACCAAGAGUGGAAUCUCAGGUAUGUGAAAAUCUCUUUUCAAAUGAUCACGAUAGAUCUCGUUUCCGUGUCGGUCGGCUCGGUUCAUUGCUAAUACGAUAAAAAGCGCGCACGUAAGUGAGAGAGAAAUUAUUUCCACUACUGCAGCUUAACAUGCAGAGCAACGUUAACCAUAAAUUUUUCGAAAUGUAAGGCUAUAGUAGAUCAACCAUAUGGAUCUUGAGUCGAUCAAUUUAUUGAAUUAAUUUAAAGUAAGUUAUUCGGAUAGCCAAGGUUUGUCUCUGUAUUGCAAGGGCACAGUCGUUGUGGUUAGAUCACAUGUAAUUACUUAUCCAUCAUCAAACAAAAAAAAAACUAAAAUAUGUCUUAUACUAUGAAACCAAACAAACUUGUGAUAAGUUUGCCUUUUCGGAUCAAGAAAGCUUCCAACUUUUUCUUGAAAUAUUUUCCUUGAAAUAUUUUCCUUUGCCUCAUAAUUAUCAGUAACGAACGAAUCACAACUAGAAAGCAACUUUGUCUGUCUUUCACCCAACCUCAACAGACUGACAAUUUUUUAUAGUUUGCUCUUUGUCAAUAUUACAUUCAAAAACUUAUUAAUAAUUCAUAAGCCCAUUUACCAAAAAACUCGCAGCACGUGUUUUAUCGGGUCAAAAACCACUCGGCUACGCCUCGUGGUUUUAAACCCGAUAAAACACUCCUGCUCGUUUUUUAAACAUUACAUAAGCCAUUCCGUGAAAUUUGUUCCCAAUUAGCGGACGCACUUUGUACGUGAUAAAUUGACUCUUCUACUGGUUCCCCAACACUUAACGUGUAUUAUGCAAUAUUGCGCAUCUCCUACGCCUUGUCAGCUUGAAAAAGCUCUUAAGAGCGUUCUAUCAGGCGAUAAACACGUUCACCAAGGAAUGACUGACAUUAGAGAUCACGUCUGACAGUUGAGCAGGUGAUUUGCCCGAUCAGGAAUAAAUCAUACAUGCAAGUCCGCUGUCUUUUACUGCUUCUUUUACGACUAGUCCAUACGUACAUUUUAGUACGACUAGAUCUUUAAUACGACUAGAAUUUUAUCCACACUUAAUACAGUAAUACUGUAUUCAAAAUGGUAACGACAUAAGAAGCAUGAAUUAUUAUGCUAAUCACAUAAUUUGACAGCAUAAUAGAUUAUUUAACUUUGGAGAUAUUUUGUGAAAGAAAUAACCGUGCGUGUGUGUCACAAUAUUUUAUUUUAUUUAUCAUUAUUUUCCUUAUUUCAUAAGACAAGGGGAAGGUUUGAAAUUUUAUAUUUUGAUUUAAUAACAAAUGUUAUGCGAGUUUUUCGACAUAAAUUCUACCUUGCCUUUUAACAGCGCAACUGCACGUCAGAAGUAGAAAUUCAAUUAUGUUUUCAACUUUGACGUGCUCCAAUGAUUAAACAAUAGCAAUCAGAUGCUAAGUCAGAGAUCUUGAAAACUGCUAAGGUUACUACUCUCACAAAAUAAUUUUCUUUUUCGACUGUGGUUUUAAAUGUACUUUUUAGUUGUCCGCGGCAAUCUAAUUGAGAGUUUUUCAGAGGACAGUUUGCUCAAAUUUUCCCUAAAGUCGAACUUUUAGUGAAGAUACGUGUUUGUUUUGAAGUCUCUUUUUUGACGUUACUCAUGCAAAUUUUGACGUAAGGGUGAUAUUUAUCACGUUCAGGUUAUAGACCAGCAGAACACUAUUUUGCGCUGCCUCUAAACUUGCACUAGCCCAUCACAUAUCCUACAGAGAAAACUACUGGAUUCAACGUCAUGAAACAGCCCUUGUGUGACGCAUUGUUUCUAUAUCAUGCCGGCACAACCGCCGAAGACGAUGACAGUUUGGGACCGUUUUAUAUCGUUAAUUGUGUCUUUAUCCCCAUCCUUUCAAUGACAGCGCUUAUCUUCAACAGUGUUACCAUUCAAGCGAUCAGAAAGACGCCCGCUUUAUCACAGAAUCUGAGAACGUUGCUACUUAGUCUUGCGAUCUCUGACCUUGCGGUUGGUUUAUCGGUGCAACCUUUCUAUUUUUGGCUGCUUUUCAAGAAGUCACAACACAGCAGCGCUGGCAAUUCGUCUGUCGCUACAUGCACCGCGUUUGUGUAUCUAGCAAGCGUUUUUUCCACGGGGUCGUUUUUGGGUGUGACCACACUGAGUAUUGAUAGGUUCUUGGCUGUCUAUCUCCACCUUCGAUACCAAGAAUUUGUGACUAACAAUCGUGUUGUUUCUGUAGUGAUUUCCAACUGGGUGUUGAGUGCUAUUGUCUCCACGAUAGUUGCCGUGCGGAUUCCUCAGAGGAUUCCGUACAUGAUUCUUGGCGCUCUAGGAAUAUUUUGUGUUCUCUCUAUAGCUUUUCUGUAUUUCAAGAUCUACUUAUGUGUGCGACACCAUCAGAAACAAAUACGUUGUCUACAAGUACAACAGGAGGCUGCAAAUGUUGCAAACGUCAAAAAAUCAGCGACUGGCUCUUUUUACGUAUAUCUAGUGUUUUCUCUUUGCUAUUUGCCUCAGUUCUCCAGUUUUGUUAUUAUUGCAGUGAUGGGAUUCAACACAGCUGUAAAGACAUUCUCGAUUUCUGCCAUAACUUUCGUAUUUCUCAAUUCGUCCUUGAACCCUUUUGUGUACUGCUGGAAGAUGAGGCACAUUCGGCAUGCUAUAAUGGACACACUAGAGAAUCUUUGCCAACAUAAUUGUCAUAUCCAGUCUAGGGGGGAAAAUGUGUAAAGAAAGAAACGCGGAUAAUGAACUAUUGUGUCAAAAAUUCAGUCAUGAAGUAUCUUUCUUUAACUAUAAAGAAAGUGUGAAGGUCCAGGACGAAUAGAACUAGUCCGCAAUGUUAUCCACAAUUUACCUAAAUAGUUACAAAUCAAAGGGAUAAAGGGGGCAGGUUUCUAAAGAAUCUCGGUGCUACGUCGAUGGGAGAGCAUAGCAUAAUGAUUUGGUUUUAUCAGCUGAGUUGAUACUGUAAAAUUGGCCGCCGUAAAGAGUUUCUAAAGCUGACGUUUUGAGCGAUGGGCACGACCAACUUGUUCCUCUUCAUAUUAAGGAUUCAAAUUGAUUAACGAAUCACCUGCUUGCAUUCACUCUAAUUUUUCACCUGUUUCAUUUUGGCAAACUGUUCAUCAGCAUUAGUACUUUAUGAAAAAAUGCUGUAUUUUACGUAGCUUAUAUGGGAAUAUAUACUUGAUAAGUAAUGGUUAUAAGACUGAGUGGAGUCCAAUUCGGUCUGCAAUCAUACGAGUGAUAACUAAAUCGUGCGGUCGUCCGAUUUGUUUAUCACAGACCGGAUUGGACGACACGAACACAAUUGGCUUAUUGAACUGUCUAAUGACAAACUGUCCGAAGCAACUUGGCAAGUGAAUAAGUUGAAAAAAGGAGUUUUUUAAACCAAUCACAAUCGAGGAAAUUGCAAUUUUUUAUGAUUAAUAGUGAAAUGUGGGUUUGAGUCGUAAUAGUGUUGGCAAAAUAUGUCGCUCAAAAUGUUUAGAAAGAUUGACAGCUUGUAAUUCAGAGAAUAUUGUUUGCAUUAUUAGCGGAACUGGGAUAUUAAGAAUCGUUUGAUAAAAAAGGCAAGCUUUACUUAACGUUCUCCAAUUGAGCACUUGUCAUGAACCAAUCAGAGACCAAGUGUUUUGUAUAGUUUAUAAUAAAAAUGAUUAAAUGCUCAUUGAAGCACGUUUAACGAGGUCAAUCUGUAAAUUUGAAAUCAAUUUUUUUUAGAUUCUAAUUGCAUAUAAAUGGAGAAGAAAGUGCUAAUACUAUAGUAUUCCUGCAAACACCUAUAGGGCAACUUGUGGAAGUACUGUUAUGAGAUUAUACAGUUUUGCAGUUUUCGGAAAUCACUCUCUGUGCAACGGACACUCAGAAAAUUAACGAAUGAUAAUUUAGUGAACGAACACCUGAUAAAAUCAUCCAAGAUAGGACAUGAAAAAUCCACUCUGUAACGAGUUUUUGUUAAUACAGCCCUUAACAGCUGAGGUUGACGGCUUGUAUUCAUGGUUCAUCGCUAACUGUGUGUUAAACAUUUUUCUGUCCGUUACCGCUAUCAUCUUCAACGUGGUGACAAUCCAAGCAUUGAGAAGAACUUUAUCGUUGCCAGAAACUCUAAAAACACUUCUCAUGAGCCUGGCUAUCUCUGAUCUUGGUGUUGGCUUUCUUGUUCAGCCAUUACUUGUCGUGUUGCUGUUCAACUGGUUUCGAAUGAGUGUUGAAAACAGUUCGACUUGUGCGGUAUAUACCGCAUAUACGCUUUUCGGAACUUUGCAUUCGUCGGCCUCGUUUUUCGGUGUUAUGGCCCUGAGUGCUGACAGAUUUUUGGCCAUUCACCUUCAUCUCAGAUAUAAGGAACUUCUGACUCCUAGGCGUGUUGUUUUCACUGUGGUUGUAUUGUGGGUAUUUUGUGCAAUUCUUUCUCUAGGGAGAUUAUUUAUCCGUUCGAGUAUUGCGGGAGCAGUUCUCGCCAGCGUGGGUGUCAUAUGUCUCCUGGUCUCAGCCAUACUUUAUUGCAAGAUUUACUUAGCCGUGCAACGUCAUAGAAAACAAAUUCAGACUCUACAGAUACAACCAAAAACAGCGAACGCCGAAAUGACUGCAAAUGUUGUAAGUGGCAGAAAGGCAGCAAUCGGUACAUUCCACGUCUAUCUGGUGUUUUUGAUCUGCUACUUGCCAUUGCUUUGUAUCUUUGCUGCCACGCCAAAUUCUGGCCGAACAAACGCCACUUUGCAGGAAAAAAAGUUUGCGAUGUGUUCAUGGACCUUGGUAUUUCUAAAUUCAUCCCUGAACCCUUCUAUUUACUGCUGGAAGAUGAGACACAUUCGACGCGCCAUUAAAGACACACUGCGAAGUGUCAUACCCAGUUACAGCUGAAGCAAACUUGUGAUGCACAGGCACAAGACUGUGUGGGAAAAACAUGAAAAGAUCAUUUUGGAAAUGGUUAGAAGUAACGUCAAUUGAUCGCUUAGCUACACAGAAAGAUUAUCUCAGUACUUAAGUCAAUCAGUCCCUCAAGAUUUCAUCGUAGUAUUACUGUUAAUCUAGCGGAGAAAAAGUAUCUCUCAAUUUUCCAAAAACAUUGAAGAAAUUUGUAAUUCCUUUCACUGUGUUCAAAAUUGACGCAAAUAUUUUAACAUUUGUUUUUAAAAAAACUGAUGGAAGCAGGUCAAGAAAUUUCAUGUUUUGUCUUACGCCCUAGGCAUAAUCUGCAUACACCUGUUUUGUUUUGUUUUUCACCUUAAUAUACCGAUAGCUAGGGUGCAUGGAAAACACACAGUUAUUUCUGCAUAGUUAAUAAUCUCAUUGAUGCUAUAGAUGAAUUAAAAAAGUGACAGCGUCGUUAAGUGAAAAGUAUAAUUAAUAAAAUUUUUAGUUCAUCUACCUGGAGACUUUUUAUUACUCCUGUCUCGUUUUUGGCAGAUUAUUUGAUAAAGCAGGAUAGUGCAACAUAAUUUGUUUUUGUCAUUUUCUCUUCUGAAACAACCUCAUCGUUAUUAGGAGUGAAAUAAAAACCUCUCUUUGUUUAAUUUUGGUAGUUUUUAUCCAACGUAGUCACAAAAGUGAAUUUCUGAAGAAUCUUCGAAAGCUAUUUUCGAGACUGAUGUUUUCAAAUUACAAUGAAGUCAAUCGCGAUUUCAAGCUGAGAUCCAUUUAAAUUAAAAGAGUAGACCUCUGGAAAAUGAAACGGAAGUUAAGCGCAAUUCAUUGAUGAUCUCAUAGAAUUGUAGAUUGAAAUAAAAAUUUCUACAGAUUUGUUUACUAAGAAACUGAAACCCAUGUUGAAAAAUGAAAAGCUAGCAGGGAAAGAGUAGUAUUACAAAAAUUUUCAUGCCUUCGAAAAUAAUGUAAGAUCAUGAAGAAUCCACUUUGUGACGAGCUCAUGCUUCUUCAGCCAACGAGAACUGAUGCGCAAGACUUAUAUUUAUGUUACAUUGCCAACUGUACUUUAAACGCUUUACUUAUCAUCACUGCCAUCAUAUUUAAUAGCGUCUUAAUCCAAGCACUAAGAAGGACUUCUUCUUUGUCAAAACCUCUGAGGACGUUUCUUUUCAGCCUGGCUGUCUCGGACCUCGGGGUUGGUUUGAUGGCACAACCUUUAUAUCUUCUUUUGCUCGUCAGAUGGCUACAGAAGAACACUGAAUACCAUCCGAGUUGUGCCUUGUAUACCGCGUAUGCGCUUAUAGGCAUUUUAUUUUCUGUGUCUUCAUUUUUCGGCCUCAUGGCUCUGAGUGCAGACAGAUUUCUGGCCAUUCAUCUUCAUCUCAGGUACAGGAAGUGUGUAACUCGCAAGCGUGUUGUCUUUGGAGUGGUAGCCUUGUGGGUUUUGAGUAUAAUUCUCUCGCUGUUCAUGCUGUGGGUGUCGCCGAAUGUUGCCACCGUAGUUCACACCACUGUCUGCAUUGCUUGUCUGUCGGUCUCAACAGUGUUUUAUUCCAAAAUUUACCUAACUGUACGAUGCCACAAAAAUCAAAUCCGAGUUCUACAGGUACAAAAACAAGAACAGGAUGUAGAAGCAACGGCCACAGAUCUAAUUAGUCGCAGAAAGUCAGCGAUAGGCACAUUCUACGUUUAUCUGAUGUUUUUUAUUUGCUACGUGCCUCUAGCAUGUACCUUUGCAGUCACGCUCGUAUUUGACUCAAGCAGCGCCAUAAAAAUAUCUACAAUUUCUUCAUGGACUCUGGUAUUCUUCAAUUCGUCUUUGAACCCCGUUAUUUACUGCUGGAAGAUGAGGCACCUUAGACAUGCAAUUAUUAACAUGCUCCGAAAUUUUAUUCCAAACCACGGAAGACGGGAGAUGCGCAUCCCAGUAAGACAGCGCGUAUGCAUAACGGAGUGACUUUUUCCAGCAAUGUUAAAAGUCAGCGAUAUUUGUUGACACACUUCAUUGUGAAAGAAAAAGAGGGAUUGCACAUAUUUAAGUUUAAUAUAAAAUAUUAUUUAAACCAUAUUUUUUCGUGUAACAUUUUCGUCGCUUUACCUGGGAAUAUCUCCCAAAUUAACCGGGUCGAUGGAUAUCGACGAACUUGCGUGUCAUAGAAAAAUAAUUGUGUAAUUUUUGAUCAGGGCGUUUUUCCAAUCCACUAAGAACAGAAACGAGAUCGAACACUUUAAAAAAUUACGUAAAGCUACUUACUAGAGUGAGCAGAGCUGAGAAAGAGCCUUUUAAAAAUUACAGUAAACUAUGGCAGCUUGUUUAUUGAUCCUACUCGAAAAUUACAAAUUAGUCAUAAUCUCGUUCGAUACAUCUCGCUGCUCGCACGCACGCAUUCAGUAGGACCGCCACGGCUGCCUGUUCGAUUAACAGUAGUAAAAAAUGUAUGCUGUUUUAUUAACUCCACUGUAAGUAUAAGUAAGUCAGUUGACAGUAGGAACAUCAAUCAUCCAACAUAGUCAACAGCGAAGGAAGCAACUGAUACAUUACUUGACAAAUAAUACUAUAGAGUUGUUGAGUAAUAUCAACUGAGUUGAUGACGUAAAUUGGCCACGUUCGCGUUCGCCCUUGCGAUGACGAAGGACUAACGCUCGAAACAUCAGCUUUGAAACUCUUUACGGUGACCAAUUUACGUUAUCAACUCAGUUAACAAUACUAAAUUGCCCUGUUAUACUCUUCCACCGACGCAGCACCACAGUUUCUUUGGAAACUUGCCCCCUUCAGAUACUAUUUUACUCUGAUUUAGAUUUAAAGCUAAAUUUUGCAGGUGUUAAACAUUAUCUAGUGGGCAAAGAUAUGAGCUUGAAAAUUUUUUUCUGACGAUGCACAAACUUUUGGUUCUUAUCUGUAAGGUACUGCUGCUGUACACAAAACUCGAGAGGUGAAGCUCUCAGUGUCUGUCAAUAAAAAUAUAUAAUGGACUUUCGUGGGUAAACUAGAUUGUUUGAUUAAAACGAAAGAUGAGUGUUUCCAAAGAUGGCCGAACCCACUACUUUCAAUAUGUUCUACGAAUGCGUUAUCCCUGAGCUCUAAAAGGCUUGCUGUAAGUUGGCCAUUAAAAUGAAAAAAAAGGAAGCCGGAAAUUGAUAGCUGUACAGCUUGUGCGCUUCAUCAACUGACAUCCACCCCUUACGGCAAACAGAUGUCUUCUCUGGGGUUUGAUUGGUUCGAUAUGAAUAUUCAGCUAUAAAACAUUGUAUGCAAAAUCUGAACACUACUCUGUGCACUUACUUUUUGUAUCACCUCAGGCUAAAUUUUCAAUUAUGACUAAUUGAGCCCGAAUUUUUGUUGUUAACACUUCCUUCCAUCUGAGAACUUAAGAGUAUUUAACACCAUAGAACAUCUGCUAUUGUCAGUUAAGAAUCAUUUGGGGAUUAUCAUGAAGAAUAAACUCUGCCAUGAGCUCUUGGGGCUGCAACCGGUAAGAUCUGAGGUUAAGGAUUUAUAUUCAUGGUACGUUGCCUAUUGUGUUAUAAACGCUUUACUGUCCGUUACCGCCAUCAUGUUUAACAGCGUCACAAUACAUGCGUUAAGAAGAACUUCAUCGUUAUCAAAACCUCUAAAAACACUUCUUAUGAGUUUAGCCAUUUCGGACCUUGGAGUUGGUUUACUGGUUCAUCCUCUAUGCAUCGUGUUGCUAAUCACAUUUUUACAGCCGGACCCUAAGGGCGGCCCGUCUUGUUCCAUAUACACCGCGUUUUCGCUCUCUGGGAUUUUAUUUUCUUCGGCUUCGUUUUUCGGUGUCAUGGCCCUAAGUGCAGACCGAUUUCUAGCCAUUCAGGUUCACCUCAGGUACAAUGAGCUUGUGACUCACAAGUAUGUAGUUUCUUUAGUGAUCUCCGUAUGGUUUCUGUGUGCAACUUUUUUUCCAUUGAAAGUAUUAGCAUCGUCGACGAUUUCUGGCGCAGUUCUUGCUUUUAUUGGCAUCGUUUGCCUCAUACUGUCGGGGAUGUUCUACUGCAAGAUAUAUUUAACCGUGAUCCGCCACCAAAAUCAAAUAAAAGUCCAACAACCAGCAAAUGGCGAGAUGGUCACAAAUUUUGCUAGAGGCAGAAAAUCAGCGGUCUGCACAUUUUAUGUCUAUCUCGUGUUUCUGAUCUGUUACUUGCCGUUACUUUGCAUUUUUGCUGUGUCACCAGAUUCUUGUCGAUCAAACGCCACUUUCAAGAUAUCUGUGGUAUCUUCAUGGACUCUGGUAUUUCUAAACUCGUCAAUAAACCCUCUAAUUUACUGUUGGAAGAUAAAGCACGUUCGACGGGCUGUGAUAAGCAUUCUGCGAAAUUUAUCUCCAACUCACAUCUGAGGAGAUCGAUUUGAAAACGAUAUGCAAAAAGACACCAGAUUAGGGAUUGGGGAAUACUCCAGACCAAGAAAACCACCAUUUUCCAGCCUAGCCCUUAGACUUGCAUUAGCGCCCAAGUCAAGAAUUGUUAAAACUCAUUAGAAAUUUAUCUCGAUUGACGAAUGUGUUGGUUACUGCUCUUUCUUUUUUAUUGUUUGGAGUGUAAAAGACAGGUACGCGUAUACGCGACCGUAGUUUCCUUGAAAACCAUGGCGAAUUUAAGACCUUAUUAGUGUUAAGGAUUAAUUAUACAGUUGUCAGUAGAAUUGUAAAAGAGUGAUUAGACAAAUGCAAUUAGCUUUAAACUCGGAAGUUAGUAAGAAAGUCGUAUUCUUGUCAUAAACAUCACUCGGGUCGCGCAUGCGCACAUUUGAUCAAACAUGUUCGAUAGAAUCUUCGCGCACCUCACUCUCAAAUUUCUGCGCGACUCGCUGAUAUCAAUUUUUCUUUCGACAAUCUUUUUUUUUUUUUUAACUCGUGCGACGGACUUCGCCGAAAAGCAGGGUGCGAAGUCUAAUAAAAUUGAAACUGGCAUUAGAGAGUGACUUAUCAACUCCAUUUUGACUCAGUUACAGCUGGAAUAUCAAACAUCCAAUCAUAAAUGACCAAUCAGGAAAUUGCGGAGAAAUGACUCGAAGGUUAUUUUUUUAGACGCUAGGUUAAAUUUUCAGGUGAGUUUUAAGACUGUCAUCACUUUUUUAAGCCCACUAAGUUUUUAGUAAUUAGACUGAUAAUGACGGCUUCAUAUCUCGUGGCUUUUGUAAAGCAGUAAUACCUUACGCACAAAAUCCAACACGUUAUGCAUUGUCAGAAAAAGAAAAAUUGGACGAUCUUACUCCAGCAUUUUAACUUUGACUUUUAAACUCGAAAGUUAGUAAGAAAGUCGUAUUCUUAUCAUAAACAUCACUCAGGUCGUGCAUGCGCAUAUUUAAUCAAACAUGUUCGAUAGAAUCUUCGUGCACCUCACUUUCAAAGUUCCGCGCGACUGGCUGAUAUCAAUCUUUCUUUCAACGAUGUUAUUUUUUUCGAUUCGCGCGACAGACUUCGCCGAAAAGCAGGACGCGUAGUCUAACAAAAUUGAAAUUCGCAUCAGAGACUGACUUAUCAACUCCAUUUUGACUCACUUACAGCUGGAAUAUCAAACUUACGGAGAGAUGACUCUACAGUUAUAUUUUUAGACGCUCAUCACUUUUUUGAGCCCAUUAAAUAUUUAUUAGUCAGACCGAUAGAGACAGCUUCAUCUCUUCUGGUUUUUUUCUGCAAAGCAGCAAUACCACGUUGUGCAUUGGCAAACAAAAGGACAAAUUGGACGAUUUUACUUCAGCAUUCAAGUUCUUCAAGCAUAAUUGAAUGUUUGUAUUUCUGACAAGACGGAAAAAGGUUUGUUCUUUGCGAGACAGUUUUUGCCGGACACAGCGUACGACAGCGGAAACUUAAUUUAAUCGCCUGGAGAAGCGUGAACUAAGUGCUUUCUAAUUUAAAAUUUUAGCUCGUCAUUUUCGCAGGUUCUCAAUGCAGUCUCUAUUAAACAACCGCUAUAUUUAUCGCUGAGCUCUGGGGAGAGCUAUGUAAUCAUAGUGAAAUUUUGUCUACGGAAAAUUUCUGAGUACAAUCUCUUCCUUUUUUUUAUUUUCACUGGACUGGUGGAAAAUUAGUCAUCCAAUUAGAUGUAAGAGUUAAAGGAAAUAAUUGUAGAACAUAUGCAAAAACAUAUUAGUCUUUCGGAAACUUGAUCCUUUCAGAUUGUUUGCUCAAAUAUUAUGAAAUUAAGUGGAAGAUGACGUCUUGGUUAGCGGUGAAGACAUAACCUGAAAAAAAUGAAAUUUCUAUUACUGUAUUACCAAGCACUGACCGACUUAUCUUAUAUCCUUAAGCUUAGGAUCAUGCUUCUGUGAAAAUAACUCUGAGGCAGAUUUACAGAUGGAGAUCGUAUGCUCUACACAAAUUUUUAUCUGGAAACAGAUGUCUUUUUUCCAGGAUUUUAUUGGCUACAUAUUGAAGGAUGGAUACAGAUUAAUUUUCCACUAUGAGUCUGUUUACAGUUGGAACAUAAUUGAUCGCAUUUUGAAUAAGAUAUCGAUGGAAAUUAAGAUGUUCCCGUUGCAAGCGUUUAGUAUUUUUAUGGCAAUCGUCGUGGGCGUAAGAAUUGUUUUCGACGUAAACGGUACACAAUUUUUUUAUCAUUAAUGAUUUAUUAGUUGUGAGACCAAGAGGAACGAGCCACUAACAGUGGUUCAUAAUUGUCAAAGCGUUUUAUAACAUAUGGUUUUAUUCCUCUGUUUGGUCUCGAUGACUCCAUAUUUGGACCAAAUUAGAACACAAUUCUGUUUUCUUGCAUUUUUGACCGCCAUAGGCUAUGUAAUAGCUCUUUCAGAAUUGUGCGGGAAUUCUUUUUAAUCUCUUCCUGUUUGCCGGUAAGUUUGGGAUAUCAAAGUUCAAGAACAUCUACCAUUGUUGAUCUGGCCGAGAACAUCAUGAAAACUCCACUUUGCGACGAGCAGUUACGAUUUCAGCCCGCAAGUAUUGAAGACGAAUCGUUAAAUUCGUGGCACAUUGCAAAUUGUGUCUUAAACGCUUUGUUAUCGAUCACUGCCGUCAUAUUUAACAGUGUCACAAUCCAAGCACUGAGAAGGCCUUCUUCGCUGUCAAACACUCUGAAAACGCUUCUUUUAAGUGCAGCUGUCUCUGAUCUUGGAGUUGGUCUAUUGGUUCAUCCCUUACAUGUCUUGUUGUUAGUCAAAUGGUUGCAGUUGAACUCUGGAGGCGGCCCGACUUGUUCAACGUACGCUGCAUUUAUUGUCUCAGGGAUCUUAUUUUCUUCAGCCUCGUUUUUCGGUGUCAUGGCUUUGAGUGCAGACAGAUUUCUGGCCAUUCAUCUUCAUCUCAGAUACUCUGAGCUCGUGACCCACAGGCGUGUUGUUUUUGCAGUGGUAUCCAGCUGGGUCAUCUGUGUAGUUCUUUCCAUAAUCAGAUUCUGUGUCACUUCAAUUACCGCCAUAGGAAUUGUAACUGUUGUUGGAAUUGCCUGUCUUGUCGCCUCGGCAGUGUUUUAUUGCAAGAUCUAUUUAGCUGUGCGACGCCACAAAAAACAAAUUCAAACUCUACAAGUACAACGACAAGAAAAUACCGAAAUGGUCGCAAAUCUUGCGAGUGGUAAAAAAUCAGCGGUCGGUACAUUCUACGUAUUUCUCGUGUUUUUGAUGUGCUACUUGCCGAUGUUUUGUAUUUUUGCCGCCAGACCAAUUUCUUCCGGAUCAAAGGGAACCUUUGGAAUAGUUUUUUUCUUUACGUGGACUUUGGUAUUGCUUAACUCAACAUUGAAUCCAGUUAUUUACUUCUGGAAGAUGAGGCAAAUUCGACGUGCUAUUAUGAACAUACAACGGAAUACAUUUCCAAUUCGUAGAAGAAGCACUCCAUUCUAUCCCAACGCGCAAACAACGGUUACAUCAGCUGCUUUUCACUUGUAGACCGUCAGGGCUAUCAGUAAAGCAGAGUAUGAGAGACAACACACUGUCACACAUUAAAAUGCAGGUUUAAUACCAACAUUGUAUCAUCACUUUACCUUGAGGGAAGAUGUCCAUAAAUAACAAGGGACUUACUGUUUCUUGUUAGUCGUUUUGAGAACAAAUGCUUAGAAAGAUCAUCUUUGUUGAUACUUAUUUAAGACAGAUUCUGGACGGGACAUUUCGAAAAAGCAAUACAUACAUAUUUGUUCUCACAAAACCCUGAAACUGCAUAUUUAACCCGCAUGAUCUAAAAUCACAGAAAAUCCUUUGGUGUUCUCGAAUUGUAAAACGGAGACUUGUGCAUCGCCGAUUGUAUUUUUAAGGCUUUCACUGCCUAGUUAUACUUGAGAGCACCUCAUUCCUCAGAACAAGAAAUGGAGGAUUGGCAGUGGGGAUAUUCUGAGUUAACAAUGUAUAUUUAAUUGCCAUAGGUGCGACUGGCAUGUAUCGUUUUUGGCUAUUUUUUAUUUUGGCCCAGACUGUUUCAAAGAUUUCUAAAUUGCCAGUCUAUUCUCUAUAAAGGGGGUAAGUUUCUAAAGAAACUUUGGUGCUGCGUCGGUGGGAGAGUAUAACAGGGUAAUUUGGUAUAAUCAACUGAGUUGAUAACCUAAAUUGGCCACCGUAAAGUGUUUAAAAGUGGACGUUUCGAGCGUUUGUCCCGCGUUAUUCGCUCUGAAUUUGUUAUUGGAUCAACUAUUAAUCUCCUAAUCGAUUAUUUGUCUUUGUUCUCAUCACUUGUAUGCUUGGCAUUGUACCAACAUUGUAAAUAGAAAUUCUGUCGUGGGCGCUUGUAGGUGUUAAAAGAUAAGAUGGAGGACGUCAUGAAUUUAAAACACUGACCCACAGUCGAGCGUUCAUCUAUCGUGACGUUGUAUAUUAUAUUGUUCCUAUGUCUUUUUUCUACACUUGAACAUUUUUCAGUGCUUUCAAACUCGGGUUAAAAAUCGAAGCUUUGGACUUUUGAUUAGUGUGGAUUCGUUCUGCUUAAUUUAGAGAGGUUCCUUGUAGCUUUGCCUCAGGGUCAUUUAAAUGGAAUAUUUUUUGUCUUCAAUUUACUUUUCAUGGAUGUAGAGCGCGUGUGCGGCAUCAACUAAAUUCGCCAUCGGCAAACAAUUGUGUUUUCUUGAAUUUAAUUCGCGAAAAUUUGACAAUUGGAACAUAACUUGUCGUGUUUGAAGUUAAAAAAACGGAGGAAAUUAUCAUAUUCAGCUUUGAUGCAUAUAAUUUAUUAUUCAUACUCAAACGCUGAAGUCGAGUGAGACAGUGGGCAGUUUUUUCUCAACUAUGAUCAACUUUCAUGAGAAAUGAGUUAGGCAAGUUAGAUACAAAACUUUCUUAUUGUUUACCACAAUUGCUAAUUCGGGCUAAAUUGCAAGUUACUAUUUCGAUCACCUUAGACAAACUUACAGUGCUUAAAGGAUUACAAGCGGAGCUUCUUAACCACUUUGUUGUUUGAGAGAAAAAUAUUGCGUCUGACGGGAACCUGAUAAAAAUUUAAGAUAAGAGAACAUCUGGUACUGUUGUGAGUCAUCCGCUCUGUGAUGAGCUUUUGCUAUUCUGGUCUGCUGGAAAUGAGGACGAAUCGUUAAAUGCGCUGUGUUUUGGCAAUUGCUUCAUUGGUUGAAGUCGUUAAAAGGUUACUCUAGCUUUAAUUAAUGCUUAAACAGGACAAAUGCAUGACUAGCCCUAAUGGUUCUAUUAGCACCAUCAAAUUUAACAGCGUCACACUCCAAGUGCUGAGAAGAACGUCGUUCUCGUCAAAAACUCUAAAGACACUUCUCCUGAGCCUAACUGUCUCUGAUUUUGCUGUUGGUUUACGGGUUCAUCCUUUAUACUUCCUGGUACUAAUAAAAUGGUUACAAAGGAAACCGACGUUUUCAAUUUAUACCGCAAAUAUUCUCAUCAAGAUCUUGUUUUCUUCGGCUUCACUUUACGGUGUUAUGGCCCUCGAUGCAGACAGAUUUCUCAUCAUUCAUCUUCAUCUAAGAUACCAAGAACUUGUAACUCACGACGCGUUGAUUCCUUUGUGAUCUUCGGGUGGUAUUUAGUACCCUUCGUUCGUUAAUAAUAUCAUCAACCCCUAUUGCUUGCGCAGUGUUCACCGCUUCUGGUGUCAUUUGUGUCACAGCUUUUUUUACAACAAGUGCAGCAACCAGGACUGAACGGCGAAAUGACCGCAAAUCUUGCAAGGGAAAGAAAAUCACUACCUACUCACGUUAUAUAUUCAUGCAGCCAGAGCAGGUUCUGGUCCUUCAAGAAGCGCACUUCUAAAGAGAUUUACGCUGUCCUCAUGGACUCUUACAUUAAUCAAUUCAUCCUUGAACCCAGUUAUUUACUGACCUGCUGGAAAAUGAGGCACAUUGGACAAGCCGCGAUGAACGUACUGCGCAAGCGAAAUGUAUUUCAAGUAACAACUGAAGACACGCAAACCAAUGCACUAAAAAAGCUCAAGAAAGAGCAGGCGGCAUUUAGACUUAAUCUUUUACACCCUAACAUCAGUAUGCAUAUUCUCCAUACUGUUCUGUAUACAUUUCCUGAGGUGCUGUCGAGGAGAAUUUGUUUAACAAUCAAAAGCUUCUUUAGUUGGUGAUCAUUUCCUUUAUUCUCGUGACAUUAAUGUGUGACUCAGGGGUGAUAUUGUAAGGAGAAAUUAGAUGGCGGUCACUCUUAGGCAUUAACCCUCUACACCCUAACAUCAGCACAGUCGAACCUCGAUUAUCCGGACUCAUCGGGACCUCGGUAAAUAGUCCGGAUAAUCGAGAGUCCGGAUAAUCGAAAAUAUGAAUAUUAAUGAGAUAGAAAUGUGAGAUAAUUAUCUGCUUAUCUUUAAUCAAUAGAACGGCAAGCUUUCGCUUCGUAGGCAUGUUUUUCAUUUGAGUUUAUGAUCGAUCGCUCGUGUGUUUACAUAACCCACGCAGAAGGAACUAAUCAAGCAUGAAAUUCCCUUGGCAACAAAACAAUUGAGCCAACCAUAUAUCAGCUGAACGCAUCAGAAUACUUCUUUGACUAGUCGCACUUUCGAAUUUUGAAAAGCGCAUAGGAUAAUACGCUGUUUUAACAGUCUUUUGAAAGGAUUAUUGGGCUUUUUGCGACUUUGAGUUUUCAAGAUCACAACUAAUUAAUAUUCAUGGAAAAAUGGGACCAGAGAAGAAAGUCCGGAUAAUCGAAUAGUCCGGAUAAUCGGGGUCCGGAUAAUCGAGGUUCGACUGUAUUCAUAUUCUCCAUAAUGUUCUCUGUACAUUUACUAAGGUGCUGAUAAGGAGAAUUUGUCUAACAAUCAAGAGUUUCUUUAGCUGGUGAUUAUUUCCUUUAUUCUCUAAAUAUUAAUAUGAGUUUUAGUGGUGAUAUUGUAAGGAGAAAUUAGAUGCUAGUCACAUUAAGGGGUUAAAGGAAAGUAAAACGGUUACGUUGACUACAUUCUCCUCGUGACGUGUCUUGCGUUACCGAAUAAUUAUGUAUGAAGCUGCGCCUUUUUGGAUUGCAAGGAAUAGAGGACGUGACUGCAUAUCGCGGGUAUGCAGAAUGAGGAUUGUUUUACCUCAUCCUCCGAACGUUAGUCAGUCAUUAGACAUUCUUGUCAGAGACUUCUCCCAGGUCGUGCAUGCGCGCGCAUUUUUAACAGGCAGCUGUUCAAUCCAAUUUUAAUCAUUAAUAAAUGUUGUUUAGUUCGCUUGAAGUUAUUUGACAGUUGAUGUUAUGAAUCACCCCGUAAAAUAGCCUCUCAUCCUCCUCUUGGCUUUUUUUUUUUGUUAUUGCAAUGAGUUCGAUGUUGUAAAUGAAGCUGGCCGUUCAUGAGGUUGGCGGUAAAAGCCAAAACAAGUUUAAUUUGCGCACGCGACUUCUCAUAACCUCAGGCAGCUUAAAACUGAAAUAAUACUUUCUCGUCCCUUCUAUGAAAAUGUCAGUUAUUUAAACACAUUAGGUUACGAACUAGAAACUAAUUACAAAACAAAAGAAGAAUAAACAAUAAAAUUUGAAAGUAUACCAUAAGAGAUAAUGAGCGAAAGACCAGCAUUGCAUUAUGAGGCUCAAAUUAAUGACACCCAAAACAGAAACACUGACAAAAAAAAAAACCAAGAAAUUAGAAUGUUCUACAAAAUCUCGCACAAUUUGUUGAAACAGUUCUUUUUCAUUUUGUGUUUUUUUGUUCUAUUGAGUACAGCAUCACUCAAUAUAGUUGGGCAAACGCCUUAGGACACUCCGUCAGCAUCUAAAUGUUACUCUGUUAUCUUUAUAUAUCGAGCAAGAUUAUCAUUUCCUGUUCAUACCCAGGUUCUUCCGCUUAAAAAUUUGUUUAAAACUUUUAAGAUAAUUAUUAGAUCUUCUCGCCUUGAGAUAAUAAUCUUUCUGAAUUGAAAAACCAAUGACAUCUUUUGUAGGUAGAGCAGAUAAAUGACACCUGACAUCAGAAGCAAAUAAUUUGUCAAGUUUGUAGAUGAAAUGUAUUCAAAUUGGCGACUCUGAUGUGAUACCAAGCGUCGAACAAGCCUUUUCUGACUCGUGUGAAAAUUUCAACACAGGCAGUUUAAAACCUUUACAAAAUACUUCAUAUAUCACUUGAAGGUUUAAUUUUUGCUAUUCCUUACUUCGAAUUAUCAUGAAAAAUCCUCUUUGUCGUGAACUGUUGCUGUCUUGGCCCACGGGAAAUGAAUACGUCAAGUUAUAUUCAUGGUUCAUUGCCAAUUGCGUCUUCAACUCUUUCUUGUCCAUUACUGCCAUCAUAUUUAACUGUGUCACUAUCAAAGCAGUGACAACAACUUCAUCAUUGCCAAAGACUCUAAGAACACUUCUCCUGAGCCUGGCUGUGUCUGAUCUUGCUGUUGGUUUACUGGCGCAACCCUUAAAUAUCGUUUUGCUCUUCAAAUGGUUACAGAUGAACGCAACAAACGGUCCGACUUGUCCUACUUAUACGGCGUUUAUUUUCAUCGGAAUCCUCUUUUCUGCAGCUUCCUUUUUCGGUGUUAUGGCUCUAAGUGUAGACAGAUUUCUAGCCAUUCAAUUUCAUCUCCGAUACGAGGAGCUUGUGACUCACAAGCGUGUUGUUUCCACAGUGAUCUCCUUAUGGGUGUUCAGUGCCAUCCUUUCUUCUUUUACAGUAUCGUUUUCUUGGAAUACUACCAGCGCAAUUUUUGCCCCAAUUGGCGUUUCUUGUCUUGUGAUCUCCGCAGUACUGUAUUGCAAGAUUUGUUUCGUCGUGCGACGCCACAAAAGUCAAAUUCAUGUUGCGCAAAUACAACAAGUGGAGCAAGAUACAGAGGCUGUCGCCAAUCUUGCAGUCAGCAGAAAAUCAGCAGCUGGGGCCUUUUAUGUUUAUGUUGUGUUUUUGAUCUGCUAUUUGCCACAAUUUUGUAGUUUUGUUGCAGCUUCCUCAAGCUCAGGACCAAAUACCGCAAUUAAGAUUUUUACUAUGUCUUCAUGGACAGUUGUCUUCCUAAACUCAUCCUUGAACCCAAUUGUUUACUGCUGGAAGAUGAGGCACAUUCGACGCGCUAUCGUAAGCGUUUUGCGAAGUUCAUUUUUAAGACACAAUUAAUUAGCUGCGUUAUAAAUCCAUGUGCAAAGCCGAGCUUAGAUGAAGAAUGGGUGAUUGUGGAAAACAUGCACAAAAAAUAGUUAUUUCCUUUCGUAACUCGCGGUGUUUAAAAAUCCAAGAAGAAGUUGAUGUCAUAUUUUGCUGGGCUUUUGGCAUAUUGAUCAAAUAAGUCUUCAGGAUAACCUUUGAUUAAGGCAAGCACCAAGCAAAAUUAAUUACUUGUGUUUGAUUGUGCUCGGAAAAUUACAAAGUUAUUAACAAUUUGCUUUAAGAUCGAUAGCGAAGAAAUAAACUGUGCGCGGAAGGGGUAAGCGAGGUGCGCUCGAAGAAAUGGGGCAGUGUACCGUAUUGAGUUGUUGCCUGAAACAAAUGUAGUAAGACUGCGGUAACAUUUUCAACUGUCGCAACUUUUUAUUUGAAAAAUGCUCCAUUUUGAGGCCAAACAUAAACAAGAUCAGUACCAAUGCUAAACAUUGCUGACUCAUGACGUUCCACCUGUUUCAGAAUUAUUAGUGUGCACAACUGAUCACGACUCGUGCGAAAAAUGUGAAUCUCUAGUGGUAAACGUGUUACCAGUAGGAUAUAUAUUCAAACACAUCAUGAGGUUUUUUUAGAAUCUAUAUCAUCGGUAUUUACAACGCAACCUUACCUAUGUAAUUAAUAAAUUAAACUAUGCCUCGAACCAUUAUCUUUCUAUCGUUUUCAUGAUUGGUAUCUUUUUCUAUCUCUUUGUUUACGGUCCUCCGUUGAGAAAAUUAUUGAGUAUGACAGCUUAACGAGUAAAACAGCUGUUCAGAAAGUUGUCAUGCAGUUGUUCUUUCCUUGUACUUCCUCGUAUGCAUAAAGUGCUGCGCAAUCGCCUCCCAUAACUUGCUUUCGCGCUAUAUUGAAAAUAAACAUAAAGUCAUAACGUCUGCAUUCUGCAAAGGGAAUGUUUGGGAAAACUGUUGAUAGCUUUAUAAUUUUAAUAAAGACUGUUAGAAUCUGUCGUAAAACUAUGUUAGUUCAAGCAAAACCUGUUUUUUUCCUCCGAAAGAGAAUAUAAAACAAAACAAAAAAAAAUUCGCAACUUCUCCAUUAUGAGACUUGUGAGUAAAAAUAUCACACCCUCGUCUUGCCGCGCGUUUGAUUGAAAACGAGAAUAACUCAAAAUAGAUGUUCUCUCAAAACUUAGAGAUAAUUUCCUCGAUCAGUACAUCUUGUGUAAUCAACAUUUAAAAACAGCUGGAAAAGUUGACCCGGAACAAUGGGCCAUUUCUUGACACGUUUUCGAUCCGAACAAACGAAAGAUACAUAAUUGUACAAGCUUGUUAGGUAAAAAUGACUGGCCAUAGAGUUUAGCCUCCUUCUUCUUCCGCGUUUCAUACACUUCGACUUUAUUUUCGUCCAUAAAAUCUCAUACAAAAGAAGAAGUCACUAUUAAGCCUUCUAGAUUGAACAGGCUUGGUCGCAAAAGGGGUUCUGAUCUGAUUCAAAAAUUCCAAUAAAGCAACCUCGUUCUUAGGUCUCCCUUCUCCCCGCUCCAGGGACCCUGGGAUUGAGAUGAGCACUGAUUACAUGUAAUGAGACAUAUAGAAAUACGGCGUAGCCAUAAAUUUGUCUUAAUAAAAGAGGUGUCCCGUUUCUCAUAGGAUGGCAAAUUCCCCAUUUGUUACGCUGCAAUGCACGGUCACCUGACUGUUGUGAAGUUUUUGCUACAAGAGGAACUCAGCACUGAGACGUUGCUUGGAGACCGAAAGGUAUCAUAUUACUCCUGCAUCACUGUUGGAUUUUAAAAACACGUUUUGUCAAGAUCAUAUUCCGGGGGAGGAUGUGGAAAGCAAUUCCUAUCGAGCAAAUAACCACGUAGAAGGAACAAAAAUUAGGUCAUAAACUUGCUAAAGAAGGUCAUCAAGCGAAGCAGAGAGAAAAUAGGCCUAUUUCUUGUUUUUGGUUGCUUAUUUGCUUGCUUUCUUGCACAUUCAUCGAUGGAACAAAGGAACAGAAGUAUGUUUCAAGUCAAGAUGGAGCUAGUCCAGAGAGUCUGUUUGGGCGGGAUUCCUUUUCGCUGCUCCGGAGUUUUCUCGUAGAUUAUCUUCUUGCCCAUUUAUUCACCCGUGAACAGGCUACGUGCUCGUUUUUGUGUCUUAAUUUUACUUGUUAUCAUUGUAUUUCUUGCAGUUCUUGUUUGAUUUGAUGGUCUGUUCAAACCUGGACGAAAACGAAUCAGUCAUAGACUUCAUCCUGCAGUGCCCAGCCCCUAUUUACGCCGCAGCUAAACUCUCAAAGCAUUACCGUAACGAGUCCACGAGGGAAAAAGAGCGCGGGCGCGAUCUGUUGGCGGCGGGAGAUGUCUGUGAGAACAUUGCGUCCGAAUUGCUUUCUCUCGCAUGCGCAGAUAGCGCCGAGAUACUGCUGACCGCUGUUGACGACCGGGAAGUACCAUUCUUGGAUUAUCUCAUCGAAUGCGACCAGAAGAAAUGCGUGUCGCACCCAUCGGUUCAGGUUUACCUGGGCGACGUUUGGCGCGGAGAUUUUCAAUGGGAUGAUUGGAAGUAUUUCUUAUUGUUUACGCUAUGCCUGAUUUGUCCACCGCUUUGGGCAUUUCUUUGCAUUCCCUGGAAAGAUAGUUAUCAUAAAAUACCGAUUAUCAAGUUUAUUUGUCAUUUGAUCUCGCAUUUCUACCUUAUUGUACUAUUUUGUUUCACUGUUGUGGUACCAUGGACAGAUUUAACUGGAAAGACAUUACUACCUAGGUGGUAUGAAUGGCUCUUACUGAUCUGGCUGUCAGGAUUAUUUUUAUCCCAGCUCACGGAUCCCCACGAUCGCGCUGGACUGGGUUGGAUACCCAUCAUUGUGCUCUUUUUGAGUUUAAUUGGCAUUUUUGUGCAUUUAGCGGCGUUCGGGAUCCAUGACGACUACAAAGGUGACGUAAUAUACGCUCGAAACCAGUUCUUUGCAAUAUCCAUGAUGCUUUGCUUUGCACAACUCCUGGACUUCCUCUCGUUUCAUCAUUUGUUCGGUCCGUGGGGAGUAAUCAUCCGGGAUCUCAUGUACGACCUGGUGCGUUUUCUUGUCAUUUUAUUGAUCUUCAUGGUGGGAUUUACCGCGCACUUAGCGGCCGUCUAUCGGCCUAGAACACAGCUUAAACCACACAAUGGAACCGCACUUGGACUACAGGACACGCCAAAAAGUUUUCUCCAGUGUUUCGAGCUACUUUUCUUCAGUUUGUUUGGAUUGACAGAGGUCAACAAACUGAAGAUUAACGAGGAAAGCGACCAGGAGACCCACGUGUUUGUGUUGGCAAAAGCGACAUUCGGAAUCUAUAACUUGAUUACAAUCAUCGUUCUCAUCAAUCUGCUCAUAGCUAUGAUGAGCGACACUUACCAAAGAAUUCAAAUGCAGUCUGAUAUCGAGUGGAAAUUCGGCCGCGCUAAACUAAUCCGCAACAUGAAGCGGUCUACGACCACGCCUUCCCCACUGAAUCUUGUUACAAAACUCUUCUCUUACAUCCGUGUACUUUACAAAGCAAAAUUCAAAUGUUGCCGAGCCGACAUUAUUGAUAUUCUCCGCACCGACGAACAGCUUCCUGAAAGUAAUUCAGUGAAUCCGUUAUACGAAACUUCCAACUCGUGGCCUCCAAAUGGAAGUAUUAAUCAUCGCGGAAGCACGUACAGAACUGCUAGAAUCGAGGAUGUCAUAGACUGGAAAGCCCUUGUGAAAAAGUUUAUAUCUCUGCGGGGAAAUACCAGCGACCUCGCGGGCGGUGGCCAGGUCAAUCGCGAUAAGUUAGCGUCACCACGUGAGUCGCACGUGAACAUGAGAGCGAGAACCGAGUCUGGACAGGGUCGGCGACCUGGCACUGGAAUGGGUUCCACGCUGUCUCUCCAUCGAGUUGUCGCUGCUACAGUGAGAAAAAUUGACAUCGUGUCAAACAUUAAGGAUGCCAGUGAAGUGUGAAGUGUGAAGUGUGAAGUGAAGUGAAGUGUGACAGUUGGCUAAAGUGACAGAUGACUUUGUAAUGCAGAUAAGGGUUACUGUGAAUUGUAGUGACCUUGGGAUGGGUGUUGAAAGUGCACUGCAAUGUCAAUCAACCAAUGUCAUCUUGUCACGGUAAUCGCACUCAUUGUUUGAACUCAAAGAAGCACCUCGUCCUCUGGUGUUAUCUGCCCUUCACACUAAACUAGAACAAUGUCUUUUUCUUUACGAAUAUGAUGAAGCAAAAUAUCUACAUUAUCCUGAGAACAAUCCCCUAACGACCUCCAAAUGCGCAUGCUCUAUCAUUUGCAUAGCCUUCCAACAAGAAGGCUUCUUGCUUAGAUCGGAGAGGACGUUAGAGUUCCAUCCUGGAUUUAAGACUGGGAAUGAUAAUAUGAUCGCAAUCAAUGACCCUGUUUUGGUUUUGCGAUAUAUUAUGUUACUGUCUUGAAGCUAAAACAAUAUGUAAAUCUCGACUGUUUCCUUCUUGGUUUACCAAGUUUUUUCGUUUUAACUUACAUUUGUGAAUUUAAAUUUGUUUAAUUGCAUACAGCUAUUUAUGGUCAUUUUAAGUACAGUAACGUAAAGGAAUUGCUUGUUUUGAGUGAGAUAAUACGUAAGCCUAAUCUCCUUAAAGGGGGUAAUUUAGUAUUACCAACUCAGUUGAUAACGUAAAUCGCUCCAUCGCUCUGACGAGGGGCUAAUGCUCAAAACGUCAGUUUUUUAACUCUUUACAGAGGCCAAUUUACGUUAUUAACUUAGUUGAUAAUACUAACUUACUCUAAUCUCCAUAUUUUCACUUUGUUUAUACCAACGUCGUUUCCAAGGACCCUCUUUUACUCGCCCCCUGAAAAAGUGACUUUGGAAACGAGAAAAACUCGUCCCCGGGGGCUAUCUCCUUCUCGCUGUCGAGAGAGAGAGAGUAAAAUAGAGCCCACAAACGAUGUUGUGUUCACAGUAAUACAUCGCUGAAUCAUUUUUUACCUACCGCCUGUUUAGUAUUUACUGGACCUCUUAAAUAAAGCUUUAACUUACAUAGGUGCAUGUAACGUAAAUCAUCCAAAAUUUCAUUUGCUCUGUGCGCAUGCGUGUCGGCGGGACUUCCAUCGAAAUGGAAGGACUAAAUUUGAAGUAGAUUUCUGGUCGAUAACUGUGUUGUUACUUCAGCUUCAUUUUCUUUUUCAUUUAGUAUCUUUCAAUAAAAGGUGGACCCUUUUAUAUAUUAAAAUCUAAAGAUAGUGUUUCUCUGUCCGCUUUGACAUAACGCUUUCGUGGGCCUUUAAACCAAAGGUUUCUCUCUUUAGAGGAGUAUAUUCCUGCUACUUAAUUUAUUACUGAAUGAGAUUAAAUAUUUCUUCGAUUAAUAUGCUACCUACACUUGUUGGUUGAAGGGAAUUUACUUUUCUGAGUACAACACAAGGACGCAUACAUUCAUAAGGUGGUUUGCACUUUUGAUGACAGUGACCGUGACAACUGGGAUGGAAAGAUUGGAGAUGAGAUGCCAUGAAAUGGAGUAAAUGAAAGUUACAGCUCUCAAAGACAGCCUCUCUGUGGGAUCCAUUGGGUAACCACUUUCCUCCACAUAACUUUUUUUAUCCGGGUAAAUACGCCCACGGCAACGCUGGUAUCCACGCGUACCACAAUACCUUCGGAUCUAAUAUUUUAAAUGGUUGAAAUGUUCAAAUUAUGACUAGUGAUUGAAAUUACAAUAAAUGAUCAAAGAGGGGUAAGUUUCUAAAGAAAUUGAGGUGCUGCGUCGGUGGGUGGGUCAUUCACCCCGACAAAGAGCAAACGCUCGAAAUUUCAGCUUUAGAAACUCCUAACGGUGGCCAAUUUACAUUAUCAACUCAGUUUAAAACCUCAAACUAUCUUGAAAUUAUUAUAGGCGAGGAAAGUAGCUCCCUCUUCGUCUGGCUAUUACAAGGAAAGUUGAACGAUUGAGACUGGUGUCGAAUAAUAGGACCCAGUUUUCUCACGCCUAAACCGCGUAAAAUUACCGUCGGUGAUUUUGGAGGGAAAUGUGUAAACAGUUGACCUUGGCGUCAGUGUUCGAAAUUUAAAUUUUUCCAGACCGUUCCGGAUUGUAGACUUGAAGAGUUCGUAUGGUACACAUCAAGACUAAAAGACUUCCCUUGUCCUAAGAACUGUGUUUUAUCGGAGAUGGCGGCGCCGAUUUUACCUGCUGGAGCUGCACUCUUCAGUGAUGGUGGCUUUUGCGAAGAUAUGUUUCUGUGCAGAAGGUAUGUCAACGUGCCCAAAUAUUUCGAUCCCAAACUGCUGUUUUUCGGAUCAGGAAACGGACCUUUAAAACUAUGCCAACGAUUAAUGGACAAUGUGGUAAAUUCUCCGAAUCUUUUGACUGUAAGGCCUUCAAUCAGUUUGUUGAGCAUGAUUCCGUCGGUGGUAGACAGUCUGCCAUCAACCAUGAAGGGACUUCAGAUCGUUGCCUUUGGAAAGAAAUAUAAUUGGACACAAGAUGAACCUGAAGGGGUCUUCUUCGUUACGGAUUACGACACUGUGCGAAUAGAUGGGCUAAAGAAGAAAAAAGACAUGGCUGUUGAAGAUUUCUUGGAGUGGCGAAACUUUCCCAGGGAGCGUUUGUACGGUGUGAUCUUUCAAGAAAUAGAACCGUUGUGGUUGAGUCGUGUACGCUCUGCUGAAAUAUUCAACUUUAAAAAGCGGUUAGCUGAUGUUUUGCAGGUGAAAUCAGAGAACGUAUUUUGGCUGCAAACACAACAAGAGGCUUUUGAUCUUCUGUCUAUCACAAUGACUAAAAUUUAUCGCUGGCGUGAGGACAAAGAAAGCGAGGUUUGUAAAGUGGAAAUUAAAAUCAGCUGAUAUGCAUAACUUAAAACAAACGUCGUAUUUUACUCGUAACAUCAACAAUGGCCAUUAACGUCGACAGAUUAUAUUAUGAUGCUUAAUUAUAUAAAUGGGCCGAGAUCAAUGAAUUCGUGUCUUUCGAUUUCAUCAUUUUUUUUUUUGAAGAUCUUUGGAAACAGGUAUUUCUAAAGGGAAUCCUAUUUAAAUCACUGGAAAUAUUGUUCAAUUAUUAAAUACGAAGACUAAAUGUAAUUAAGUAUUCAUGCAAGCGCACUACUUGGUAAUAAUUUGAAAGUGGAGUGUGCAUCAAAACAUCGAAGAAUGGACGCGAUCACUAAAAAUAAGUACAACACGGUUACUGCAAGGCAGUGUUGAAGAGACCUUUCAUAGUUGUAGGCUAAGACUUGGAGAAAUGUCGCAUUAGUUUGGUUAAUCUUCUUGCAUUUCCAUCUCUUUUUGCAAGUAGAAGAUUUAGAAAAGAGAAGAGUGGGAACUGGUAGAAUGGGAGAAAACACCUGUCAUAGUCAGACAGGAAUUGUUACCAGUGUCCUUUGAAACUUUGAACUUCAUCAAAAAGAAAUUCAACAAGUGCAUAAGCAACUUCUAAUAUACCAGUAGAAUUACUCAUACAAUGGUUUCCAGAUAAAACUUAAAUAGUAAAACCUUUGAGUUGUGAUCAUUGUAUGUAAAUACUUGUGGCUUUUCUUAUUUAUUUUCAAGGAAAAUGAAAAAAUAGCACGUGGUGAAGUAAAGUUGACUCAAGAAGAAAAGCAGAAAGAACUUCUUGAACCCACAACAAUGCUUUAUGGUGAUAUUGCAGAGAAGAAUGGGUAG